AUGAAUGCUCAGCAUCCUGACUACAGGAUGAGGUGCAUCCUGCAAGAUGGCUGGAUCUUCAUCAGCACCUUGAAGACUUUCGAAAAGCAUAUGAAUAUGAUCCUUUGUGACUGUGAUGAGUUCAGAAAAAUCAAGCCUAGGAACUCCAAACAAGCAGGGAGGGAAGAGAAGCAAGUCCUUGGCCAGGUGCUGCUAGGAGGAGAAAACCUGGUCUCAAUGACAGUAGAGGGACCUCCUCCUAAAGACACUGGUAUUGCCCAAGUGACACUUGCUGGAGCUGCUGGAGGUACAGGGAUUGGCAGGGCCUCUGGCCGAGGAAUCCCAUCUUGGGUUCCCAUGCCCCAGGCUCCUGUAGGACUUGCUGGGCCAGUGUGUGGGGUUGGUGGACCAUUCCAACAGGUGAUAACCCCACAAGGAAGAGGUACUGUGGCAGCUGUUGUGGCUGCUGCCACAGCUAGUAUUGCAAGGGCCCCAACCCAGUACCCACCUGGCCAUGGGAGUCCUCCCCCACCUGUGGGCCAAAGGGCACCCCCUCCAGGCAUGAUGGGCCCACCUCCUGGUCUGAGGCCUCCCAUGGGUCCCUCAGUGGGGAUCCCCUCUGGACAAGGGACUCCAAUGGGCAUGCCCCAUCCAGGGAUGUGA